GAGACUGAGUGUCUGGUGUUUGCAGGUGGCCCAGAUGAAGAACAAGGACAACCGGAUCAAGCUGAUGAAUGAGGUUCUGAACGGGAUGAAGGUGCUGAAGCUGUAUGCCUGGGAGCUGGCCUUCAAGGACAAGGUGCUGGAGAUCCGGCAGAGGGAGCUCAAGGUGCUGAAGAAGAUUGCAUACCUGGCAGCCAUCUCCACCUUCACCUGGGUCUGCGCCCCAUUCCUGGUGGCACUGUCGACCUUUGCAGUCUACGUCCUGGUGGAUGAGAACAACGUCCUGGAUGCUGAGAAGGCCUUCGUUUCCCUAGCGCUCUUCAACAUCCUGCGGUUCCCUCUCAACAUGCUGCCCAUGGUCAUCAGCAGCAUGGUGCAGGCGAGCGUGUCUCUGAAGCGGCUGCAUGUCUUCUUGUCUCAUGAAGAGCUGGAGGAGGACAGCGUGGACAGGAGGGCUAUCUCUGGCUCCUCUGACAGCAUCACCAUUGUGGACGGGAUGUUCAGCUGGUCAAAAAAUCCUCCCCCGUCUCUAAAAAGGAUCAACGUGUCGAUCCCUGAGGGUGCGCUGGUGGCUGUGGUGGGUCACGUGGGCUCUGGGAAGACCUCCCUGCUCUCCGCGCUGCUCGGGGAGAUGGAGAAACAGGAGGGCUAUGUAUCCGUCAAGGGCUCGGUGGCUUAUGUGCCCCAGCAGGCAUGGAUCCAGAACGCCACCUUGCGGGAGAACAUCGUGUUUGGACGGGAGAAGGAGGAGAGCUGGUACCAGCGAGUGGUGGAGGCCUGUGCGCUCCUGCCUGACCUGGAGAUCCUGCCUGCGGGGGAUGAGACUGAGAUCGGGGAGAAGGGUGUAAACCUGUCCGGCGGUCAGAAGCAGCGGGUUAGCCUGGCUCGAGCCGUGUACUGCGACUGUGCCGUCUACCUGCUGGAUGAUCCCCUGUCUGCGGUGGACGCCCACGUAGGGAAACACAUCUUUGACAAGGUCAUCGGACCCAAGGGGGUGCUGCAGAGUAAGACUCGGGUGCUGGUGACACAUGGGCUGAGCUACCUGCCGCAGGUGGACCUGAUCCUGGUGUUGGUGGACGGGGAGAUCACAGAGAUGGGCUCCUAUCAGGAGCUGCUAAACAGACAAGGCGCCUUCUCCGAGUUUCUGCACACGUACGCCAGUGCAGAGCAGGACAGAGGGGAGGAAGAUUCGAGCAGUCCGACAAGUAAAGACUUGAAAGGAUUAGAGAAUGGAGCUCCUGCAGCUCUCUUCAGUACAAGCACUGGAGCUGGUGUGGACUCCGGCAAGCACAGCAGCAGCAGUGAGGUGUCUGGCAAACACAACAAACCAGAGGCAGGCACGGGGGCCGGAAAACUGACUGAGGCAGACAAGGCUCAGACCGGCAAGGUGAAGCUGUCUGUCUUCUGGGAGUACAUGAAGGCAAUUGGAUUCUUCCUGUCCUUUCUCAGUAUCUUCCUCUUCUUCUGCCACCACUGCUUUUCCCUUGCCUCCAACUACUGGCUGAGCAUGUGGACUGACGACCCCAUCAUUAACGGAACACAACGCCACACUAAAAUGCGCCUGGGCAUCUACGGAGCGCUGGGGCUUUCUCAAGGCGUGGCCGUUUUCAGCUACUCGAUAACCGUGUCGAUCGGGGGGGUCCUGGCCUCGCGGUACCUCCACCAGUCAAUGCUGCACCACGUGCUGCGCUCGCCCAUGAGCUUCUUCGAGCGCACGCCCAGCGGGAACCUGGUCAACCGCUUCUCCAAGGAGACGGACACCAUUGACUCGGUCAUCCCCAGCAUCAUCAAGAUGUUCCUGGGCUCCCUGUUCAACGUGCUGGCUUGCUGCGUCGUGAUCCUCAUAGCCACGCCUGUCGUCGCCGUCAUCAUCCCGCCCCUCGGUCUGCUGUACUUCUUCGUGCAGCGUUUCUACGUGGCCUCGUCCCGGCAGCUGAAGCGCCUAGAGUCGGUGAGCCGCUCACCUGUGUACUCCCACUUCAACGAGACCCUGCUGGGAACAAGCGUGAUCCGCGCCUUCCAAGAGCAGCAGCGCUUUAUCAGGGAGAGCGACAGCAGGGUGGACCACAACCAGAGAGCGUAUUACCCCAGCAUCGUGGCCAACAGGUGGCUGGCAGUGCGCUUGGAGUUUGUGGGGAACUGCAUCGUCUUGGCUGCGGCUCUAUUUGCUGUUGUCGCCAGAGACAGUCUGAGCCCGGGCAUCGUGGGGCUCUCCAUCUCCUACGCACUGCAGAUAACAGCAUCUUUGAACUGGCUAGUUCGGAUGUCAUCUGAGCUGGAGACCAACAUCGUUGCCGUGGAGAGAGUGAAGGAGUACUCAGACACAGAGAAAGAGGCUACGUGGAGGGUGGAAAAGACUGCGCCACCCCAGGCCUGGCCCACACACGGACACAUCGAGAUCCGAGACUAUGGCCUACGCUAUCGAGAGGACCUGGAGCUGGUCCUCAAAAACAUCAGCUUCACCAUCGAAGGAGGAGAGAAGGUGGGGAUUGUGGGGAGGACAGGGGCAGGGAAGUCAUCUCUGACGCUGGGUCUCUUCCGGAUCAUCGAGCCGGCGCAGGGGAAGAUCCUCAUUGACGGAGUGAACAUCGCCGAGCUGGGACUGCACGACCUGCGCUCCCGCAUCACCAUCAUCCCGCAGGAUCCUGUGCUGUUCUCGGGCACCCUGCGGAUGAACCUUGACCCCUUCGAUGCCUACUCCGACGAGGAAGUCUGGAACUCUCUGGAACUCGCUCACCUCAAGAACUUUGUGUCGGGGCUCCCAGACAGACUGAACCACGAGUGCUCAGAGGGAGGGGAGAACCUGAGUGUGGGGCAGCGUCAGCUGGUGUGUCUGGCUCGGGCUCUCCUUCGGAAAACAAAGAUCCUGGUUCUGGACGAGGCGACAGCAGCAGUUGACCUGGAAACCGACAACCUGAUCCAGUCGACAAUCCGCAGCCAGUUUGAGGAGUGCACCGUCCUGACCAUCGCUCACAGACUCAACACCGUCAUGGACUACACCAGGGUCCUGGUCCUAGACAAAGGUCAGAUUGUGGAGUUUGAUUCUCCAGCCAGCCUUCUUGCUGAGAAAGGAAUAUUCUACAAAAUGGCCAAAGACUCUGGCCUGGUGUAAUCUCAAGGUGAGAUCAACACCAGUGUCUGAACUGGAUCCUACUGCCAAAAUGGUUGUUUCAUUGUUCCUGCAGGCCAGUAGCUUUUGGGAAGCAGGGAGAGAUGCUUCCCAUUGCCCCCCUUUCUAGCUCUGGUAACUGUCCCUCCACUUGCUCUCCGUGCACUUGGCUGUUGCCUCCAUUCAUGGCUCUCCAUUGCCCAGUGGAAGGUUUCUUGGUGUGCAGUCCUAAUUUUAGUGCAUAGUAGAAAGUGUAAGGCAGUGGCUCCCUGUUUCAGGUUUUUCAAAUGGCCCAAAAUAUUUAUCUUAAAACACCAGCACUCAUAGCCUCUGUGACCUAAAUAAUAGUAGAGCAGGGUUAUAAACCACUGGUAUUUACGGCACUUACAUUGUACUCUUUAAUUAAUAUUAUAUUUUGCCGUGCAUGGCAAUUCUUAGCCAUUGGGUGGUGCUAUUAGUACAUACUGCUUGGGUUGGAGUAGAAAAAUGUCAGAUCCUUUUACUAUGCAAGUAGCACCUUACAUUUUAAAAUAGAUAGACAUUAGUGUUCUGUACUUGGUAAGAAGCAUUACUCUCUUGUUUUAUUUUUUUUGUACAAUUGCCUGUGAUAAUUCAAACUUCUGAUAUUGCAGUCUGUACCGCCUAACUUAAUGGAUAUUUGCUUUGCAUUUUGUGGUAAUGUGACUCCACAAAGAUAACAGACAUGGCAUGAGAUCAUAUAUUAUACUCCAGUCCUGAGCAAGACAGGGACAUUUCUGUCGGUUUCAACCAAAAUCUCUCUUGUCCAAAGUGCAAUAUAGCUAGCUCGUGCAUGCGUGCGUGCGUUUCCUUGUGUUCUGGCUGCUAUGCAUUUUGGGGGCUCAGUCACUGAGUUGGUAUUUCUCCUUUCCCCAGUGGGAGAGCUGUGGAGAUUAACGCUGCUCUGUGUUUAACAUUAGCUUCUCCUGCUGGAGCUGCCUGUCCCCUCUCUCCACCCAGUAGUGGAGCUGUGGGGACCAUUGCAGCCAGUGCAUCCUCGAGCAUGCACUCUCAAAGGGUUUACCUUCCACAGUGCAGACUGACUUGUCAUUAGCUCUCAACAUGCACACAAUCCUGAGCUUUUAAGUAAAGGUAAGGGAUAUUGUACAUCACAUAUUAAAAUGCUUUUUGUCCUUUCUUAAACCAAAUACUCUGUUACUGGUGCAGCUCGCUCCUAAAACCACUAUUUUCAGAUGGAGACAUACUUCUAUAAAAAUAAUCCGUAAAUAAGUGGCUAUCAUAGGUCUCAUUGUUUUUUUUUUGUACUGCCAGUUAUGUGUUUCAGUUUUAUAUGUGAUUUAAUUGUUACUUUGCUCUACCAGAUUUUUUUUUUUGCUUGUACAUCCACUGACUGGUACACAAUUGCUGUGAAGCAUUUCGUUCAAACAUGUUUUUGUAUAAGUGCUAUUUUGACAGCUUUUUUGUUGAGCAUUGACUUUUACAGGUUUAUAUUGUAAAUAUAUUCGGAUUAAUAUUAUAAGCUUGCUUUGUAUUGACAGAAUCUGCUGUCCUAUGAAAAAGAGAAACACAAAUAAAUAAUUUAUUUAAGUUUGAAUUUUUGGUAA